ACAUUAUUACGUACUAUCACUGCCUUGUCAACUCCGUUGAAUAUAUAUAUUUAUAUAUAUAUAUAUAUAUAUAUAUAUGAGCGAAUUGAAGGUGUAUUCAUUCAACGCCCAUCUCUGAUCGUUAAUGCUAUUACAUGUGUAUCGGAAAAGUGGCGAACCCAAGAGAGAGAACGAGGGGGGUUAGUGAAGAUGAUCAUCAUCCUCAUCCUCAUCCUCAUGAUGUUGUGACGAUGAGGUUGGAAUCGUUAGUUUCGCCCAUGUUUUCCGGGCUUGACAGGGAACAGGAGAUGUCUGUAAUGGUUUCGGCAUUGACGGACGUGGUGGCCGGCAAUGAUCGUCGCCGCCGUCCUCACCCGACCAAUGACGCCGCCGGAGAAGCGGACCAGUUUCUGGAAUCAUCAUCAGUAGAUACAGUUUGCAGCUCAUAUCACAAUUUUUCCAUUGGAGGAUAUUCAGGUGGGGAGUCUAGUGCAAUAAUAAGAUCAAGUGAAGCAGAAGCUGCAUCCUUUGUAUAUACUCCUCCUGCUAAUAGCAGAGGGGGAGGAGGCGAUAAUAAUGAGGGGGGAAGAAGAUACAGAGGAGUAAGGCAGAGGCCGUGGGGGAAAUGGGCGGCGGAAAUCAGAGAUCCAUUCAGAGCGACGAGAGUGUGGUUGGGCACCUUCGACACCGCCGAGGCGGCAGCCAGAGCCUACGACGAAGCCGCCCUCAGAUUCCGCGGCAGCAAAGCCAAACUCAAUUUCCCAGAAAACGUUAGGCUCCUCAGAUUGCCACCCAACCCCCUCCCCCUCCCCCUCCCCCUGCAAAAUCCUCACAUCACUACUACUACUACUUCUUCUUCUUCCUCGCCCCAACCCAUUCUUCACAACCAUUUUUCCGGCUUCAUCAACCAGCCUCCAAGUUUUCUACAACAAUUAAUGUUAUCAUCAUCAUCAUCUUCUUCUUCUUCGUCUUCAUCUUCCAUGCCUUAUGCUCAUUAUCAGUCUCCAAUGAUUUACCCUCCGGUUAGUGCGGCCGAAUACCCAGCUGCUAGUUCUUGGUCAGAUUCUGCUUAUCACCACCCUUCUUCAUCUGGAUAAGGAUUCGGGCCCCAUCCAUAGUUUCUGUCACCCUUUUUUUUUCUUUGAUGAUUUUUUUGCAGAUUAUAAUUUUAUUUUUCAAUAAUUGCAAUAUAAUCGUGGUUGUAUUUUUGGAAGAAAAUGCGAUGCAGCCACGUCUGGAAGGACAGACUCUAUUUUUGCUUCAACACAGAUGGUUACAUUGUUAAGAUAAUUAGCCAUUUAUGAUUGGAUUUAUUA